UGUGGGUUGCCUUCCAACGUCAACCUGACAGCCGCUUCAGCUGCGCUCAUUGAGCGCCGGAGAUCGGCUGUACGAGGUGCUGUGCGCGGUGCUGUGCGCAGAAGCCGGAGAAACACUUGGAGGAGUUUAUUCCAGUCCCAAACCCUGCGCUACUGCUGGAUUUUAAUCUCUGAUCUGCAACUGGCAAAUCAUCAACCAGCUUUAACAUGGCCAAAAGGAAGAUGGACAGGACCUGGAGGACUUGGGUAGUGGCACUCAUACUGCUGUGUAAUCUUACAGAGUUUUUUGUGAAGGGAAGCCUGGAGGUCAAUGACACCCAGCAGCAGCAUUCAACCAAUGUCUACCAUGACAUAGGCCUGACCAGGAACAAGAUAGUUACUGCACAAUUUGAGUGCUAUCAAAAGAUAAUGAAGGACAAUACCCACAGCAGACAAGAGUCCAUGUGUAAUCGCACUUGGGAUGGCUGGCUGUGUUGGGAUGACACUAAACCAGGCGUUAUCUCAGAGCAGCACUGCCCAGACUACUUCCAGGAUUUUGAUCCUUCAGAGAUGGUAACCAAGAUCUGCACUGACAAUGGUCAUUGGUUCCAGCAUCCUGAGAGCAACCGGACAUGGACCAACUACACCCGCUGCAAUGAACACACCGUCGAAGGCAGAGUGACAGCAAUGAAUCUUUUUUACCUAGCCCUCAUAGGACAUGGACUGUCGCUGACAUCCCUCUUUAUCUCACUUGGAAUAUUCUUUCAUUUCAAGAGUUUAAGUUGCCAAAGGAUCACCCUCCACAAAAACCUAUUUUUUUCUUUUGUUCUGAACUCUGUGGUCACCAUCAUUUUUUUGACAGCAGUGGCAAACAACCAGGAGCUGGUGCAGAGAAAUCCAACGAGCUGCAAAGUGUCCCAGUUCAUUCAUCUGUACCUGUUUGGCUGUAAUUACUUCUGGAUGCUGUGUGAGGGAAUAUACCUGCACACGCUCAUCGUGGUGGCCGUGUUUGCUGAGAAACAACACCUGAUGUGGUACUAUCUUCUAGGCUGGGGCUUUCCUCUCAUUCCGGCUACCAUACAUGCCAUCGCUAGAAGUUACUACUACAAUGACAACUGUUGGAUUAGCUCCAAAACAUCGCUACUCUACAUCAUCCAUGGUCCCAUCUGUGCUGCUCUUUUGGUCAAUUUGUUCUUUCUACUGAACAUUGUGCGAGUGCUCAUCACCAAACUGAAGGUGACCCAUCAAGCAGAGUCGAGUCUCUACAUGAAGGCAGUGAGAGCCACCCUUAUCCUGGUGCCUCUUCUGGGAAUUCAGUACGUCCUGCUCCCCUACAAGCCAGCAGGACGGGUCUCCUCCGAGAUAUACGACUACAUCAUGAACAUACUAAUGCAUUAUCAGGGUUUGCUGGUGGCCACCAUCUUCUGCUUUUUCAAUGGAGAAGUCCAAGCAGUUCUGAGGCGGCACUGGAACCAGUAUAACAUCCAGUUUGGCAGCAGCGUAGGAAACCACUCAGAUGCACUGCGCUCAGCCUCCUACACAGCUUCCUCCAUCACUGAGGUGCAGGGCUGCUAUAGCAUCGACAGCCACACAGAACACAUGAAUGGCAAGGGCUGCCAUGACGCAGACACCUCCAUUUUAAAAUCAGACAGCCCCUUUGCCUGACAACAGCACUCUUCUCAAACUCUGCCCAUCCCAUCUCACCCAUGAAAACUGCAGCAUCUUUGGAGCUCUGGGGUAGUCAGUGAGACUCACCUCCUCUUAAAGAUAGGGUAUCAGAAGAAAUGAGUGAGAAAGAGGUUUGUAUACCCACACUAGGCUCUCACCCAGCUGAAGAAAGUCGGCACACACCCUUUAACAGUACUGUAAGUGAGCUUGGUACAACUAUUCCUGCGCUGUCGUUUGUCUACAACCUGCACCUGAACUGCUUCACUUGAACUAAGAUGCAUUUUGAUAAUCACAAUAUUAUUGCAAUCUUUCUGCCUGAUAAAUGGAUAAAAAUGAACUGCCUGUCUAUCCUGGGGUCAUGUUGUGCACAAAAAGCCUUUGGUUACACUGUAAAUUCUUCUGACAUGGUUUAGUGCCAAACCAAGAAAUCCUGUCUGCCUCAUUUAUUUUUUUAUUUUCAUCAGAAACGAGAUAAAACACCUAACAGGUGCACAGUUAUUAUUAUAUCUUUCACAUGUAAAACUUAGUUUAUCCAAACAUAUUAAGAAAAUAAGAUAAAAAUAAAUACCAUACAGUAUUUAUCGUGCCAGUUAAAUACCAAUAUUAUUCGUUGCCAGAUUCACCAUCAAAGCAUUUCUGCGUGUUUCAGUGUUUGUUUCAAUGUGUGCAGUUAAUGUGGCUGAUUUUCAGGAUCAUCUCAUUAGCUUGUGUGCUUUGCUUUUUGAAGAUUUCAUCAUGCUAAUGCUUGAGCAUGUUAACGUGAUCCUUACUGACACGUGUAUCCUUUAAACCACACGGCAACAACAAGCCAACAUGAAGUCACAUGCACUUCACUAUCAGCUCAUUAUACUUGACUGUAAAAGACAUUUUUAAAGAUCUGGCUCUGCUGAAUAUAAAUGCAUCACAUUCCCAUUCACUGCUGUUGCUAGCCUUAUUCUCAAAUUACUUAGAUGUACAUACAGUAUAACUGAGAUGUGUGCAUGAGUGGGUGUUCAGACUGAAUACAGCACUGUGUUAAAAGAUGCAGGGGCCUGUGUGAGGGAGGGCAAUGUUUCUUCAGGUAUUGGUGAGAUGAUGGGAAUGUCAUUCAGGGAAUCCACUUUCAGUAGGCAAAACCACAAAUAGGUUCAGUUUUAUUUUUCAUUUUCUUUUUUGGAGUCAAUUUUAACACAACACAGCACUUAACAUGCCACUGGAAGAGUUAUAUAAUGAUUCCUUUUGGCCACACAAACUAUGACUCACUAGCUCAUCUACACUGUUAAAACAGGGGGCAUGUCUGCAGUGCAAAAGUAAUAUAAUUAGCCAAAUCAAAUAUCUUCAUGUUAGUCAGCAGCAUAUGUUUUGUGUCUUUUUUGGGUAAAACAUAAACGGGGAUUUUUGCACUAACUGGUCUGUAAUUUUAGAAGAUAAUCACCUAUGUGACUAACUCAGACUGCUGACAUAACAUAUUAGCAUCAGCUGAAGAAUACUCUUUCACAUUUUGCCCCCUAACUUUUACAGUGUAGUCAUGCUACAAAUGAUCCAAUAUAUAGAUGACAAAUGAUUACAUUCUUUCAAAGUGCUCUUUCAAAACAGGAUGGAAACACAGAAGAUUUGAAAAAUGGAUUUUAUGCUUAGUUGAGAAAAGUUGGUGCAUCAAUAAAAGCAAUAGAAGCAAACCUGGAGACCAAAUCAUGCCAUAUAAAAUGUAUAACAAAUACCAUAUUUCCAUCACAUUUCCACAUCAUUUUGUUCUUUUAACUGUCAUUCUUUUGAUUCAUCGUGUUGCACUAUGGUUAAAUGGAAGCAAAUGGAAAAAUAGCCACCAGUUGCUUUUGACAAACCAACUCCCAGGAGUCGGAUAUCAGUAGUGGAUGGAAACAUGCAUUCGUUCGCAUUUUCUUUUGUCCAUUUUCUUUUCUUUUGUUGAGAUUUUAAUCAAAACUUGUGCUACAGUUGGAUGGAAACCUGGCUACUGACUCCUCUAAUGCCACAAGGUUACUGUGGUAAAAGAUUAUACUCUGUCUUGAUGACCGUGAGUGAUAUUACUCUAACUGCAUAUCCAGAUGAUGGUCUUUUCCACUGUGACAUAAGCUAAGACAGGUUUGACAGUUUAGUGUGACCUUGUUUUUAUUUUUCAGUCCUCUGAUUUUUCAAACUCACACCAAUAAACUGGCCUCACUCACAUGAAUGAAAGAGCUGCUUUUUUUUUAUUUCUACCGUACACAGUGCUAAUCAGUCUGAACACAGCCUUAUUCACAAGCACAUGGGAUGAGAUUAUCAUGUCUAACACAAAGCUGUGCAAAAAAAAAACAACAGUAUUUAUCUCAAGCGAGCUGUUUUUUGUUUGUUUUUGAAGAACUAUGUUGUGUCACCUAUUCAAAUCCAUUUCACUCAUUUAUUACAAAACGUGCAACACAUUGUCCACGAUGCUGGGAACAUGAGUCACUCUUACCUGAUGUAAAUAUUUUUGCAAAUCUAGCAUUUCUGAAAAGAAGACAAAUUGAACGUGUAUGUGUGUGAGCAUGAUUUAUAUAUACAUUAUGAGCACAUCAUAGUCAGAAGCAUUCAACCACAUAGCAACGGUCUUAUGUGACAGUGUGUGGGACGCUGAUUGUGGGACGCUGAUAAACAGGUUGUCUGUUCUACUUCUGUGUUUUAAGGUGGGGGAGUGGGUUGGGGUGACUGAGAGCUUUCAACAAGCUACUGUAUUUGUCUGUCUGCAUUAAUUGUCAUCAUCCUUUGUCGACUCUGUCACCUUUCUGUUUUGCCUCUAUUUGAAAGUGAAGAAAGGAAAGUACCACUACCUUCUCAUGUCACAUUAUAACUAGUCAUCAGACACAUUCUAGUUUCCAUUAUUAUUAUUAUUAUUAUUAUUACUACUAUUAUUUGAUACACAGUGCAAAAUUACCUCAAACACAAAAUGAGUAAUAUUUAUAUUAGAUGGAUGAGUCAGCCUUCACACUGCUGGCUGUUCAGUUUUCCUCUGAUGACUUUUGAACAUCUCCAUUUUCUCAGUUGUCUGUAAAUCAGCUGUGAUUUCUGAAAGCACUUGAUUCUGCAUAGAACAGGAGAAAUGACAUAUUUUCAGGUAAAUAUAUAUAUUCACUGAUGAAAAAGUAUUUUUGGAUGCCAAGGUUUGAGAUAAAGGCUUAAUUUCACACAAAAAGCAACUGAUUGUAUUGUAAGCAAAUGAUAUCACUCAUACAUACAGCCAGUAACCUUUUCCUGUCAGAUCUGCAGAGCAAUAUAUCACUUUAGUUAUAAAUUAAAACUAAAACCUACAUUUAUGGCUGCCAUGCUGCUUUAUAGCGUGUGAUUAAUGUGCAGUGACAGCCUUAUGAAAUCUUCAUAAACAGUCAUUCGCUGUCAUAAUCAUUUAUGAAUCUACAGUCAUUUCAUCACAGCUGUUGAAAAGCCUAGAAACUCCUGUGCACCAUUUUAAAGUGUGUACUUAUGUGUGAAUUAUUUUCAUCUGACUGUCCAAAGGGUUUGUGACGUCUCCAGAGACAGUAUCAUGUUGUAAAGUAUGACAAAAGCAUUGAAGGCAAUGUCUGUAGUUUCUGUUUGUACUGUAUUUAACUUUGAUGGUCUUGACACAUUGACUCCACACUGCUGUCUGAAUAUAACUGGUGGUUUUUAUUGUCUGUAUCUAAAGAAACGUAUAUAUUACAUACAGUGUCUCUUUUUAUUAUUUCAUUGAGCUGAAUGUUGCUAUCUUGUCUGUAUCUGCAUACUAAUACAGAAUAGCACAGAACAUAUUCUGUUUUUCUGUGCUAAACUUUGUCCAUGUGCUAAACUUUAUGAUGAUGUUGUGGUGCAACAAACAUUUUCCAGAGACCCAUGUUUAAAUUGUC